GGAGAGGUCUAUAAAUGGUCCAGGAUGGGUACCAGGACGGCAAGAGACACACUAACUCCUCACAGAUUGGCUCCCCUAAGGAGCUGUGUUUGCCAGUGCAGUUCCCCAGGGACUGCAACGUCAGCAGAGCUAAGAGACCCUCCUCCAACUCAGUUAGCCGAGAAGAGAUUGAACGGUGUGAGUUACCAGGUGCUGGGGAGAACAGCAAGAUGCUCAGCUGUGCCAGGGGAUUGUGACUCAGUGUCCAGAGGUCAGUGCCAGUGCCUCAACUACAAAAGCGUUUCCAUUGUUUUCCUCUGUGAUGACCAGCAAAGUUCCAUCUUAGCCAACAGAUCCCUGCCUCAACCACCAUCUCUGCCUGUACAUAACCCGCUUGUUCAUCUCUCUGGUCACCCUGUAGAACGGAGGCGCAGGACUGCUGACUGCAUUGUACGUGGAGUGAUGCCAUUUGAUGUCACCCUCUAUGAUUUGUGAGAGUGAAAAUGGGCAAUGCGUCCAGAUGGAGUGGUGGUGAAUCCUCCGACAAUGCUUCUGGAGUGGACUAUUUCCCGGUUAACAGCACCUUCCACGAACAGUCCCCUGACUUCUACGUCAUCCUCCCGGUCAUCUACUCGGUCAUCUGUGCUGUUGGCCUGACGGGUAAUACCGCGGUCAUAUACGUGAUCCUCAAAGCCCCCAAGAUGAAGACAGUCACCAACAUGUUCAUCUUGAACCUCGCCAUUGCUGACGACCUGUUUACUCUAGUCCUGCCCAUCAACAUUGCUGAACACCUGCUGCACUACUGGCCCUUCGGGGAAGCCCUCUGCAAGAUUAUCCUAGCUGUCGACCACUACAACAUCUUCUCUAGCAUCUAUUUCUUAACCGUGAUGAGUGUUGACAGGUACCUGGUAGUCUUGGCGACCGUACGGUCUAAGCGCAUGCCCCACCGCACCUACCGAGCGGCGCGGAUCAUCAGCCUCUGUGUCUGGUUGUGGGUCACGGUCAUAGUCCUCCCUUUCUUUAUCUUUGCCCAUGUCUACACGAACGAAUUACAAAUCAAGAGCUGCGGUCUCAGCUUCCCCAGGCCCGAAAGGUUUUGGUUCAAGGCCAGCAGGAUCUACACGCUCAUCUUUGGCUUUGCCAUUCCGGUCUCUACAAUCUGUAUCCUGUACACUGGCAUGCUCCAUAGAUUGAGAAAUAUGCACCUGAACUCCAAUGCCAAAGCAUUAGACAAGGCCAAGAAGAAAGUGACGAUCAUGGUUUUCAUUGUCCUGGCGGUGUGUCUCUUCUGCUGGACUCCUUUCCACCUGGCAACAAUUGUGGCCUUGACAACCGACUUGCCCCAGACAUCCUUAGUCAUUGGCAUUUCGUACUUUAUCACUAGCUUGAGUUAUGCUAACUCAUGCCUGAACCCUUUCUUGUAUGCUUUUUUGGAUGAUAGCUUUCGAAAGAGUUUCAGAAAGAUGCUGGACUGCAGGACUGCUUAAGGGUCAUCAUUCGACUUCAUUCCAGGACCCGUGUGGUCCCGGUUUUGGAUGGCUUGUUCACUGGCUGUAGUUUUCGACAUGUCAGCAUCUAGCAGAUAGACUUGGUUUUAGUCCCAAGUGUUUCACUUCUGUAAUUGUCCCUUAAUUAUCUGCUGUACGCUCUUAUAUGGGAAUGCUCUCUGCUGAAUCAUUAAGGGAUUCUGAAGAAAAAAAGACAAGCUAUCUUUUUUUGUUUUCAGAUACCCACCAAAUUUUCAUUCGUAUCCCUGUACUGCCACCUGCUGUAUUGUCACAAAAAGCAGCUUAUAAAAGGCCAGAGGCUGAAGUUCAAUUUAAUACCUUGGAUAAUCAAAUCCAUUUGAUUUUGCAAAAAGAAUCUCCGUGGCCAGAUAUAUCAGAUGAUUUUCUUCCUCUCAGAGUUAUAGAAAUCAAAUCUAAAAUUCAUAUGUGUACUGUAUUGCGAAAGGACGACAAGGUUGGGGAAAAAACUUGUACCUAGGGAGGGGUUGUGGUGUGGGGGACAAGUGUGUUUUUAGACCUAAGAGCCUCUUGAAUGACUUUCAUUUUUUCCAUUGUGUUUCCUUAAAUUCUGACUUGAUUCUUAAAAAUAAAAUGAUACUAUAAGAUAAAAUGAUACUAGAAAGUCGACCAAAUGUAGAGAAAAAAAUAGUGUCUCUGUAUCCUAAAUGCUAAUGAUAUCCCUACUACUUGAAGAGGGAUUAAAAAGUGUUUGAUUGCACAACUCCAACUGAAAACUGUCUUAUGAUGUCCUCAGUACACAACUCCAAUUGAAAACUGUCUUAUGAUGUCCUCAGUACCUAUUAAAUAAAGCUUCAGCAAAGGCAAUCUGUGAUAGGUUCUGUUCCCUCAUCACCUCUGUAAA